CAUGGCUGCUGCCGGCUGGCGGCUCGCGCGGGGCCGCCGCUAGGUGCCCGGGAUGGAGCCCGGCGGGCUCGGGGAACAGGCCGACUGGAUGCGGUUCCUGCGGAAGCUCAAGGAGGUCUUCGACGUGUGCGACGAGGAUGCGGACGGCUUCAUCCGGGUGGAGCAUUUCGUCGCCCUGGGGCUGCAGUUCGGCCAAGGGGAUGAGGUGGAAAAAUUGGCUAAAUACUUGGACCCAAAUGACCUGGGAAGAAUCAACUUCAAGGAUUUCUGUCAUGGAGUUUUUGCUAUUAAAGGCUGUGAAGAGUUACUGAAGGAUGUGCUGGCUGUCGAAAACCCUGGGUGUCGGCACUACGAGCCGCAGUAUGUGGAUUACUACUACCAGGGUCGCGAAAUCCAGGACGGUGCCUAUUUGGACGGUGAAAGCGCGUACAGUGAGUCAGAGCUGUUUCCUGAUGAAGACACGAUGACCCUGGCCCAGCAAGAGGUCCACCAUGAGUCCGACAUGGACAGUGCCAUUGAGAGCGCGCAGAGCUCUGAAGCAUCCGACGUGUGUGGCAGUGAAGAGAAGGACAGCGUGCUCAGUGGACUCUUUCUGCCUGUAGACAAGUCAAGUCCUCACAACCCCUCUGCAGCCUCUGACCUCUCCACCUAUUCCACCGCCUCUCUGAUCAGUAAUGAGGAACAAUUUGAAGACUAUGGGGAAGGAGACGACGUGGAUUAUACUCCCAGUAGUCCAUGCCCUGAUGAUGAGACCAGAACCAACGCCUACUCUGACCUUGGCUCAUCUGUGUCUUCCAGUGCUGGGCAAACGCCAAGGAAAAUGAGGCACAUUUAUAACAGCGAGUUAUUGGAUGUCUACUGCUCACAGUGCUGCAAAAAAAUAAACCUGCUUAAUGACUUGGAAGCGAGGCUGAAAAACUUGAAAGCAAACAGCCCCAACCGAAAAAUCUCAAGCACAGCUUUUGGAAGACAACUCUUCCACAACAGUAACUUCAGCAGCAGCAAUGGCAGCACAGAGGACUUGUUCAGAGACAGCAUAGACUCAUGUGAUAAUGAUAUCACUGAAAAGGUCACUUCUUUAGAAAAAAAGGUGACAGAACUGGAGAACGAUAACAUGACAAAUGGAGACCUGAAGAGCAAACUGAAACAGGAGAACACGCAGCUAGUUCACAGAGUUCAUGAACUAGAAGAACUGUUGAAAGACCAGGAGACAUCAGCUGAACAAACGCUGGAAGAAGAAAUAAAAAGGCAUAGAGAAGCAUACAGCAAGUAUGAAAAAGAAAAGGGCACUGAAAUUGAACUGCUAAAUACAAGGGUUCAACAGCUUGAAGAAGAAAAUGGUGAACUCAAAACCACCGUCACACGACUGAAAUCACAAACUGAGAAACUAGAUGAGGAGAGGCAACGCAUGUCGGAUAGGUUAGAAGACACCAGCUUGCGGCUGAAGGACGAGAUGGACUUGUACAAAAGGAUGAUGGACAAGUUGCGACAGAACAGACUUGAAUUUAACAAGGAGAGGGAAGCUACUCAGGAGCUCAUUGAGGACUUGCGAAAGGAACUGGAGCAUUUGCAGCUGUACAAACUAGAUUGCGAGCGCCCCGGCCGGGGAAGAAGCUCCUCGUCUAGUGUGAGUGAAUUCAACGCACGAACGAGGGAAGUGGAAAUGGAGCAUGAAAUUAAACGGCUAAAGCAGGAGAAUCAGAAACUUCAUGACCAGAAUGAUGACCUUAAUGGACAGAUUCUAAGUCUUAGUCUUUAUGAAGCUAAGAAUCUCUUUGCAACACAGACAAAAGCCCAAUCACUGGCUGCUGAAAUCGACUCUGCAUCAAGAGAUGAGCUCAUGGAAGCUCUUAAAGAACAGGAGGAAAUAAACUACAGAUUGCGACAGUAUAUGGACAAGAUUAUUUUGGCCAUCCUAGACCACAACCCAUCUAUCCUGGAAAUAAAAAAUUGAAGGACAAAAAAAAGCACUUGCCUGAUAUUUCUGCACAUGCCACUGGAUCUAAACAUCACUCUGAUACUGUAAAUGAUUCUAUAUAUAUCUUAUGUGUGAGUGUGGGUGCGUGGGUAUGUUUAUAUGAUGUCUGGUACACUUAUCUGUGAGUCAUCAAAUUGGCUUGAUUUGGUUUUUUCAUGCACUUUCAAUAUCUGUGACAAGAUCGCUACUGUAUAUUAAUGUAAUAACAGUAUAACUGGAUCACGCUGUUUUAGCUACUGGACAUAAUGACUCUACCUCUGGUUGUAAGGGUGAAAUACAAUGGAAACAUGUGGAUGUCUCCCCUCCCUUUAAGAACAAGAAUUACUCUUUCAUUCUUUCAAAUGAAUGAGGGUACUCCCAAAAAUUCGACAUAUCCAGGUUUGAUUCCUGACUGGUGCUGAAUACAUCACUCUCUAUUGAAUUUAGCUUUGCCAGAGCUUUACUACUGAAACCACAAAGAGGUAAAAAUAAGCCUUUGGCCAAACCUGUACCUUUUAGAAAACAAAUAUCUGUAUUUUGGGGGGGAAUCAAACUGCAGAAUUGUUAAUAUCCAUGUAAAAAUACCAUCCACUUGUUUGCCACUGUCAGCAAAAAGUGCUUUUAAUAUGAAGGCCACAUAUCCAAGGUCAGGAUGAUUGCCAGUCUGUUGUCUAGUGUGUGCAUGUGUAUGUAUUGUGCCUGGCUCCCUAUAGUAGUGAGGCAUUGCAAUGUAUGCCCUUAUUUUCAGGGGUUUAUCACUGGGCCAUUUUAAAAUUAAUUCUGGGAUCCCACUCCCCUGCAUUUUAAGGCUUCAACCAGGGAACACAUUCUAUUUCUUUUAAAUGUUACUGACUGCAUGCAAAUCCACUUCAUUAUUUUAAAGAAAAACUUUAACUUGAACAAUUAGCUUAAUUCCCUUCCCCACCACCAGAGCACACUGUUGCACUCCUACGGGGAGGAGUGGGGGAAUAAGAGAGACUGGUGGGGUCCUCCUACAGUUUUGCAGCUGGUUAAUCCCUGAUGUAAACUAAUUUAACCUUUGAGCGGUUAAAAGUAGAAAGCACACUUAAGACACCAGUAACAGGUAAUGUGAAACAGUGGGGUUGCGGGUGGAACACACUGCACAAGAGCUUGCAUUCACCACCCAAUUUACCCAUCCCAAAUACUACAUCUCCUGUCUGAAUACACACACGCACACAUUCAUACGCUCUGAAUCAGGAAAGUACAUAAGCACUUGCUUAGCUUUGAGCCUAUACUGUACUUAGAUCCCAUCCGAGUUAAGGAUAUGCUUAAAGUUAAGCACUUGCGUAAGUGCGGUCCUGACUAGGGAUGGGUUUAAACACCAUUUAUGUGCUUCCUGAAUUGGGUCCAUUUCUUGUAGAAUUAAGACCUUUUAACUAAAAGUAAAAUCAGCUAGAAGUUAAAUGCUGUGAAAUUUUAUUCCAAGCACUAAACAUUUAUUUAAAAAAAAAAAAAAAAAGGUUAAAAAAAUGUACACACUUUAAACUUUAAAAAAAAAAAAAAAAAAAAAAAACGGGCAGGGGAGGAAAAAAUCCACCUUUUGUUUCAUACCAAUUGGCACAAACAGGGAAACUCUCUGGUCCAUUUCUCUGUAAUCAAAUAUCUGGCUUUGCCUACAUGCAUAGAGAGGUUUUCUUGUGUGUUUUAACACGCUCCUUGGAAAUGGACUGUUGCAGUAGAUAUGACUGAUUUUCUGUAUAUACUUGCUGUUGGCAGUUUGUCUCACACCUACCAUUGUCUUUAUGUAUUUUUGUUUGUGUAUGUAAUGCAUUUUUUCCAUAAUCUGAAUACCUAGAGCAUGUAUUGUUACUGAUGUAAAUAUAUAUAUAUAUAUUUUCUGCAGCUGCUGUACUCUUGCCUUCAGUGAUAUCUUAUUGGAGUAACGGGCAGGUGUGGGGAAGCACUGAAAAUGGGCUUUCCUGAAGGCAAGACAAUAAAACCAAUUCAGUUAUUUAUUUGAAUCCAUCAGUUGUUAAGCUCUAGGUAGGGCCAUGGGACUGGAGGAGGGCUAAUGAUGAAAAUUUAAUUGUCCUUUCAGGCCUGGGUGAACCUUAUAAGGGCUCAUCUCUCCUGGAAAAAUGUCAUUUUGGUGCUUAACAUUAAACACUUAAGGAUGGAUUCUUAGCAGAGGAGAUUAGGGAGCCACGUAAGCCACCCCUUUGCUCCCCUGAUUUUGGAGCAGCCAGAGGGCAAAAUUGAGUCCAGAGUAACUAUGCUAAAUUACACGGGCUCCGGCGGUCUUGCACUGGCCACCGUAGGAGAUCAGGCAGCAUAUCAUCCCCUCCCCCACUCCUUGCUUCCCCUAUAAGGGGACUGAUGGGGCGAUUGAUGAGGUUGAAACAGCUGUGCCAGCUUAAUUCUACCCAAGGAUUUCUCUCUAGUAGAAGGAUCCUUCGCUGUGCUUCAGCACUGAAGUUUCCACCUGCUUUGUGCUGCCUCUGAGUCUGUGCCAUGGAUCUGGCCCUCUGCCUAGACGUGGACUAUCCUGUGUUUAAAAUCGUGUGAGCUGGCCAUAAUUAACCUUAAGAUGUGAUCUAGGUUUAGGUGGCCCUUGGGGUAAACUACAACCAGCAGACGCAAUACUAGACCUAAUGGUCCUUGUCUGUAAACGUGCUAAGGUGCGUUUUUACCAUUCUAAAGCAAUGAAAUUUGCUGGUGUAGAUGAAGCUACUCCUGUUUCAGAUUGGAAACGGUUUCCUUAUUUAAAUAUUAGGGGAAAUACUCAGGUUUUCAAACAUUUUUCUUUUAACUAAAUGAAGUCCAACAUUCAGAAUUUUGUAGUAUAACACCUUUAAAGCCUUUAUUAGGGCAGGGCCAGUCAAUUGGUGGUUUGAGUAAAGAGUGAAUAAGGUCUUCAGGUUUUGGUUAAUAGAAAAUUAUUAAAUUGGAUGUUUUAGAAGCUGAAAGCCUGACCCUGCUCACAUUGAACUCAACAGCAAAACUCCCCUGGAGUUCGGUGGAUGCAGGAUUGGGCCGUACAUAAUUAGAGUCAAAUUCACCCCUGUGCAGAGAACUUAUGAGCAGUAAAUAGUCUGUUUCACUUAAAUCCUCCCAAUAGCAUUUGAGCUACCUGUACACAUAGGUCAAUUUCAUGCUUAUGGCUAGAUUUUUAAAAGUGUGUGUGUAGCGGUUGAGUGGGGAGCUGCUGGGUGCUAAGAACUUGAAAAUCUGUUCCUCAAUCCAUAGUGCUCUAAAACAGUUGCCUUAAAUAGGUUUUGAUUGCAUAAAAGGCAAUUACAUUUCCACUCCUGAGGGGAAUUACUUUAUAUGAUAGUUUGUAUAUUUAUUUUUAAGGUUACCUUUCCUUUCUGAAUGAAGACAUUUAUUUUCUUUCAGGAGUCACUAUUCUAAAGAACAAAGCUGUAGUUCAGGCAACUUAAGUCUAAUGUUAGAUCUGCAGAAGCUAGUGACAUGUGUAAGACCAAGUUAUCUUUUGCACACAAGCCUUGGGACAAAAGAAGUUUUUUCCUAUAUGCGAUGCAAUGUCACAUCAGUAACGAGGAGUCAUUACCUUGACAGAGACUUAUGGGAAUACAACCUGCUAUUAACCUCUGAACUUGGACACAGCAGAGACUCUGGCCCUGCAGAACAACUUUGGCAGAGUGGGGAGGAGGGAGCCAGCUGUAGCUCUCAGCUGUGCUGGCUUUCUGACUCCCCUCCCAACCAUAUAGCAGGGGAAUCUCCAGCGGGAGAAAUGCAAGCAGUUUCUGCUGCUUGCCUGGGGCAGGACCUAGGAUCUAGUCUGUAUUUUACACACACGCUGCCUGAGCCUGCAAACACUCGAGCAUGUGUGGAGCCACUGGUAUGACUAUUCCCAUUGAACUUGAUGGAACUGUCACCAGAGGAAAGUCACUGAUGUUGGCAUCCAUAGGCCCGGGCCACUCCAGUCAUCUGUGCCAUAUUUAGUUGAGCAAUGAUUUAUCUUGCUGGGUAGAUCAUUUCAAACUCCGAUUAAAGUAUUAAUCAAUCUAGUUUUUUAAUGUUACAGUACCUCUACAUUCUAAUAAUACCCCGAUACAACGAACAUUUCUAUACUGAAAUUGCGCAUUUUGACUCUGACAGCCUAAAUUCUGUCCAAGAUACCAUAUCUGUAUUUAUCUGCUCCUUACGUGGAGCAAGUUCUCUCUACUUCAGAUCCUCAAACUAAAGCAACAUUGAGGUCAAUCUAAAUGCAAAGGGGCUUUUUUGUGCAAUGGAAAAAGACAGUUUACUUCUUGCCAGAAGUCGCACUCAAAUACUAAACACAGACUAUUGUGGGAAAAGCACAGUUUGUUUAUUUGUUUCAGAGUCACUGAAGUCAAGCCUCAAAUCCUUUCUAUCAGUAGUUACAUGUUGAGGACCAGUUCUCCAGGUGAUGCAUAUUUAGUUUUAAUUUCAGUGGAGUGCCACAGAUUUAUACCAGCUGAGGUUCUGGCCAAGAAACUUUAACUUGUACUGACAAGGGAAGGAGAGGGAAUGUUUCAUAUAUUUGGAAUCAUUUCAGUUUUAUUAGUUCUGAAACAGAACCCUAGAGCUGGUUGGAAAUUUUCAUUUUAAAAAAUUGACAUUGAUUGACAAACUUUCAGAUGCCUACCCGCUGAACUUUUUUUUUUUUUCUCUGAGCAGAUCUGUAGGAGGGGGACCAAAAAAAAGUCCAACUAAAAAGCUUACAUCUUUCUCUAAGGCAGGU